AUGAAAAAUCAUGAAGUUCUUGAUAUAAUACUGAGCAAGAACUCAAUUCUCAUCCAUUCAAUUGAUGAAGAAGGAAGGAGUGCUUUAUCCCAUUCAGCAUGCAUUGGUUAUUAUAAUGGGGUUUCCUACUUACUAGACAAAUUCAUUCAGGGCACAUACCAAAGGGAUCAAAAUGGCUUCUUUCCCAUUCACAUGGCGGCUAGCAGGGGCCAUGUUGAGAUCAUUCAAGAGGUUCUCCAACGUUGUCCAGAUUCAAGCGAAUUGCUCAACAAACAAGGUCAAAAUAUCGUUUAUGUGGCAGCAAAGAAUGGGAAAGACAAUAUGUUUUAUGUGCUCAAAACGCCUGAGCUUGAAAAGCUAAUUAAUGAAAGAGAUGAGAAAGGAAAUACGCCAUUACAUUUGGCUGCAAUGCAUUGGCGACCUAAGAUUGUGAACUCGCUUACGUGGGACAAGAGAGUUCAGCUAGAGUUAGUGAAUGAUGCAGGCUUAACCGCUUUAGAUGCUGCUGAGAAGUACAUUGGAACUACACCACCAUUCCGAAAGAUCCAAGCAUCAAAAGCCAACCGACACAGUUCAAGGAAAUGGAAGCCCCCAAACAUGGAAAACUAUAAGGAAAGAAUCAACACUCUCAUGCUAGUACUAACAAUAAUUGCCACUGUAACCUUCACAGCCGGUUUCACAGUCCCUGGCGGCUACAAAAGCUCCGCUCCAGUCGAAGGCACGGCAACUCUGCUAAACAGCAACUACUUCAAAGCAUUUCUGAUCAGUGACACCAUAGCCAUGUACAACUCUGUCAUAGCCAUAGUAACUCUCAUUUGGGCACACUUGGGUGACCUCAAUUUAGUCCUCUUUGCACUUAGGCUUGUACUGCCACUUGGGUUAUCUCUGGCCAUGAUGUCUUUGGCAUUCAUGGCUGGUGUAUGCCUAGUUGUGAGCAACCUUGCUUGGCUUGAUGAUGUUAUUCAAAUCAUGGGUAUGAUUUUUCUUUCCACUAUCAUGGCACUCUUUGUUCCUCUUUAUUUCCCAGAUACUUCUCGUUCGCAGACCAUAUGA